UUUCUAAACACUAAACAUGAGCAGUAAAAAUACCAGAAUCGCUAUAAUCUCCUCAGACAAGUGCAAACCGAAGAAGUGUAGACAAGAAUGUCGGAAAGGAUGUCCUGUUGUGAAGACCGGAAAAUUGUGUAUUGAAGUUACACCCACUUCCAAAAUUGCUUUCAUCUCAGAAAACUUGUGUAUUGGAUGUGGUAUUUGCGUGAAGAAAUGUCCUUUUGAUGCCAUUAACAUUAUUAAUUUGCCCACAAAUUUGGAUGCUGAGACCACUCAUAGGUAUUCUGCCAACUCCUUCAAGUUACACAGAUUACCAACUCCUAGACCAGGUCAAGUGUUAGGUUUAGUGGGAACCAAUGGUAUUGGCAAAUCUACCGCUCUAAAGAUUUUGGCUGGUAAGCAAAAGCCUAACUUGGGAAGAUAUGACGACCCCCCAGACUGGCAAGAAAUAUUGAAGAACUUCAGAGGUUCUGAAUUGCAAAACUACUUCACAAAGGUUUUGGAAGACAACAUCAAGGCCAUUAUCAAGCCGCAAUACGUGGAUAACAUUCCCAGGGCUUUGGCUAAGUCCCCCAUUAAAACAGUACUGGGUAUUCUUGAGUCAAGAUUGGAGAGAAAAGACAAAUACGAGUAUAUCUUGAAGGUGCUUGAGUUGAACGGUGUUUUAAAUCGUGAAGUGGAAAAUUUGUCAGGUGGUGAAUUACAAAGAUUUGCUUUGGGUAUGACUUGUGUUCAACAAGCUAAUGUAUAUAUGUUUGAUGAGCCUUCGUCCUACUUGGAUGUCAAACAGAGAUUGAGAGCUGCUGAAAUCAUCAGAAGUCUCUUGGAUACUACUACUUAUGUCAUCUGUGUGGAGCAUGAUUUGUCGGUGUUGGAUUAUUUGUCUGAUUUUGUGUGUAUAUUAUAUGGGGCCCCAUCGGUUUAUGGGGUGGUAACGUUACCAAACAGUGUCAGAGAAGGAAUCAACAUCUUUUUGGAUGGUUUCAUUCCAACUGAAAACAUGAAAUUCAGAAGUGAAUCAUUACAGUUUAGAUUGGCCGAUGCGGCUGACGGAUUGAUCUUGGACAAGUCCCAGGCUUUACAAUAUCCUAAAAUGCAAAAAAGUCAAGGUGAUUUCAAGUUGACAGUGGAGGAAGGUGAUUUCACCAACUCGGAAAUCCUCGUUAUGAUGGGUGAAAAUGGUACUGGUAAGACCACCUUUUGUAAAUUAUUGGCCGGUUUGACAAAGCCAGAUAACAACCAAGAUAUCCCCAAAUUAAACAUUAGUUUGAAACCUCAAAAGAUUGCUCCUAAAUUCCCAGGUACUGUUCGUCAAUUAUUUUUCAAGAAGAUCAGAGCCUCAUUUUUGCACCCACAAUUCCAAACCGAUGUGGUAAAGCCAUUGAAAAUAGAUAAUAUUAUCGAUCAGGAAGUGACUACUUUGUCUGGUGGUGAAUUACAAAGAGUGGCUAUUGUGUUAGCCUUGGGUGUACCCGCUGACAUCUAUUUGAUUGACGAGCCAUCUGCAUACUUGGAUUCUGAACAGAGAAUUGUUUGUUCCAAGGUUAUCAGACGAUUUAUUUUGCACUCCAAAAAGACAGCGUUUGUGGUGGAGCAUGAUUUUAUUAUGGCUACCUACUUGGCUGACAGAGUUAUUGUGUUUGAAGGACAACCAUCCAAGAACUCAUUGGCCAAAGCCCCAGAGUCGUUAUUGACUGGUUGUAACAGAUUCUUGAAGAACUUGAAUGUGACAUUCAGAAGGGAUCCUAAUUCUUUCAGACCAAGAAUCAACAAGUUGGACUCCCAAAUGGAUAAGGAACAAAAGGCAGCUGGAAACUACUUUUUCUUGGAUAACUCCGACUUAUGAUCUCUUUUAUUAUAUUAUAUUGCAUUGUAUUAUAGAGUUUAUAAUAUAACUUAAUUACCCUAACUAUUUUUUAUUACAUCUU